AUGACGACUUCUGACCUGAGAGAGGAGCUGGACUGUUCCAUCUGCCUGGACCUUUAUAAGGACCCCGUAUCGCUGAAAUGUGGACACAACUUCUGCUGGGACUGUAUUGUGACUGUGCUGGAUACACAGGAGGGGUCUAGCCAUUACUCCUGCCCGGAGUGCAGAAAGGAGUAUACAAAGCGUCCUCUACUGGAGAAGAACAGGAAGUUGUGUAACAUUGUGGAACGUUUCAGAUCUGCUCACCGGGAGGAAACAGAGGUCUCGUGUACGUAUUGUGAUCCUCCUGUACCAGCUACUAAAUCGUGUCUGCACUGCGAGGCCUCAUGUUGCAAAAAACACUUAAGCAACCACAGCAAGUCAGCGGAUCACAUUCUAAUUGAACCCACCACAUCAUUCAAAGACAGGAAAUGCUCCACACAUAAAGAGAUCCUGAAAUAUUACUGCACAGAGGAUAGAGCUUGUAUCUGUAUGUCCUGCUGGGUGGCUGGAGACCACAAAGGACACCAGGUGGAGCUUCUGAACGAGGCCUCUGAGAAGAAGAAAGAGAAGCUGAAAGAUGUUACUGAGAAACUGAACUCCGAGAGACAGAAGACUGAGAAGAGAAUCCAAAAUCUGGAAAAUCACAGGACACAAGAGAAGGGAAAAGCCGCUGAUGUCAUCGGGAGAGUCACUGAGCUGUUUAGAGACAUCAGGAAACAGCUGGAUGGUGUAGAGAAGAGAAUCCUGACCGAGGCCUCCAGACAGGAGGAGCAGAUCCUACUGAAAGUCUCAGAUCUCAUUCGGCAGCUGGAGACACAGAAGGACGAGCUGACCAGGAAGGGGAAUGAAGUUGAGGACUUACAUAAGAUCACAGAUCCAUUAACUGUGCUAAAGAAAGAAAUGAUCAGUGAUGACAUCAUUCCUGGGAGUGGUGACACCAACAGUGAUGUAAGAGAUGCCGGAUGUCUGGAUGAAGGAAUGAUCUCACAGAUGCUCCACAGAGGACUUCUCCAUUUUACUGACAGUCUGAUAGAUCUGAAGAUCAAGAGACAGUUCCCAGUGAUGGAGAAAUCAGACAUCUCACUGGAUAUAAACACAGCCAAUUAUUAUAUUAUUGUUUCACAGAAUCUCAAAUCAGCUACUUACACUGAUAAACCAGAGACCAGACCAGAUGUUCCAGAGAGGUUUAUAUGCAGACAGGUAAUAAAUACACGCAGCUUCUCAUCAGGGAGACAUUAUUGGGAGGUGGAUGUGAGUGGAGCAGAGGAAUGGCUGAUCGGGGUGGCCAGUCAAAGCAUUGAAAGGAAGAUAGAUGGAAGUGAAUCUUACAUAGGUUAUAAUGUCAAAUCAUGGGGUCUGACCCAAAGAGGAAAACUUUAUGCCAAGCACAAGAACUCUACUAUAUAUUUAGGCUCGAUCUCUUCUUUAAAGACUGUCGGGAUCUAUCUGGAUUAUGAUGCAGGACGUCUGUCCUUCUACCAGCAGUGUGACCCAAUCAGACACCUCCACACCUUCACCGCCACCUUCACUGAGCCUCUCUAUGCCGCUUUCUAUGUGUUUAAAGAUUCCACCAUAAGAAUCAUAUAA